UCAUCGUGGCGGUAAUAACACGCCCUGGCGUGAUUUUGCGUAGCAGCGAGUUAUCAAUAAACCGUCGUAGUAAACCUGGUAAAUGUAUAUAACUCAAUUACUUUUGUAAUCCGACGGGCAAGAACAGCAGCCAAUCAGCGCUCCGGUGGGCGGGCUCAAUGGCCGUCAUCAGCCAAUCUUCGAACGCGGAAGUAAAAGUUCGGUGAAUGAUAGGCGGCGCCGUAAGAGGGUCGCACGGCGUUUAGCGUCGUUAAAUUCUGGCCGCAGCGGCUGGUUGCGUUAAACUAGCGACCCGUGCGGUGACAGGGAUGCCUUCUUCGUUUAAAGUGCAAAAGUUUAGGAGCUAACUCCAACUUUGCGGGAAGACGUCAGGUAAGGAGCGCGGAUAGAGGGAAAAACAACGAGGAAAAACAGCCAAAAUGGAGAGCCACGAAGGAGCGGCGGCGGCAGCAGCGGCAGUGAGAGACUGUGUGCUCGACUUCUCACGAUUGAGUUUGAACACUUUCGACGCUGACAGCGUUAGCGAGGACAGGAAGAGGGACACCCGGCAGCUCUUCCUCAACUACAACCGCCUGGCCGCGCUGCCCUCGUCCGUGGGCCUGUUCUCCAACCUGGAGUUCCUGGACAUCAGCAACAACGGGCUGACGGCCAUCUGCGAGGGCAUCACCAGGCUCGGCCGGCUGAAGACGCUCCUCGCCAAGAACAACCGCCUGGACGAGUUCUCGCUGCCCAAGGAGUUCGGCUCGCUGCAGCUGGAGGUGUUGAACUUUAGCGGCAACCGCUUCGAGGAGAUCCCGCUCCAGUGCACCAAGCUGCUGCGGCUGCAGUCGCUCUCCGUCGGCGGAAACCGGCUGAAAAGUAUCCCCUCGGAGAUCGAGCAUCUGACCAGUUUGGAGAUGUUGUAUUUGGGUGGGAACCUCAUCUCAGACAUUCCUCCUGAGCUGGCACACCUGCCUUACCUCACCUACCUGGUGCUAUGUGACAACCGCAUCCAAAGUGUGCCUCCGCAGCUCGCCAGGCUUCACUCCCUGCGGUCGUUAAGUCUGCACAACAACCUGCUCACCUACCUGCCGAGGGAGAUCCUCAGCCUGGUGCACCUGCAGGAGCUCAGCCUUAGAGGCAACCCUCUGGUGGUGCGCUUCGUCAAAGAGAUGAUUUACGACCCUCCUUCGCUGCUAGAGCUGGCGGGACGUACCAUUAAGAGCAGAAAUGUUCCUUACUCUCCGUGCGACAUGCCCUCCAACCUGGAGCGCUAUUUGGACCUUGCCAGCAAGUGCCCCAAUCCCAAAUGCGCUGGUGUGUACUUUGAUUCAUGCGUGCGACAGAUCAAGUUCGUUGACUUCUGUGGAAAGUACCGGCUGCCCCUCAUGCACUACCUGUGCUCCCCGGAGUGCACGUCCCCCUGCAGCUCCAACCCUCAGAGCGACGCCGAGUCCGAGGAAGAGAACAGCGUGCCCGCAGACCGCCUCCAGAGGGUCCUGCUGGGAUAAAACCGACACAGAAUCCGAAAGGAAAAAAGCGGAGCUUGCUUCAGACUUUGCUGCACACGCAUCUAUAGACUCACAAAUCCAGUAAAGGUUUUACGUUCGGCUCCAUAUACGCACAGAACAUUAAAGGGUUUUCUCUCCUCCUGGGAAAGCUUCAAUUUGUGGCUUUUUUUUUUUUUUUUUUUUUUUUUUUAUCCGUUAUUUGAAAAACUGUUUUUCUGCUCAUCACUUUAAUCCCUGACUAAAAGAAGGGUUUCCGAGUCUCAACCUCUUCAACCCGUGUUUGGACACUGGGGGGCGCUAAAAUUACUCUUUGGACUAUAAGCACUAAAGGGCUGAAGUUGUUGCAACACAAGUCUUCUUAGUAAACAUGUCACUCUAAUUUUUAUUUUGGAUCUGAAUCUGUUCUUCUAGACAAUUGUUGCUGCUGUUUAUGCAACCAAAUGAUCAAAAUGUGCGGUCAAAUAUUUGUUUUUGUUUUUUUGAAGCUCUGGUUCUGAAAUGAUGGGGAUGACCUGAUUUAAACGUAGCGAUAUCCCACCUGUUAUUAAGCUCGGUAGUAUUAUCGGUAGUGCGAUCAUUUGAUGCACCAUGGGUGGGAAGCAGGGCUGACGAAGAAGCUUUGUUAUAUUAUAUUAACGCGGUCGUAUGGUAGUGUGCUUGUACAGGCUUACUGACAGGAAGUGAAUGUGGGGCGGACCAGGGAAAACUAUGCGAGCGCGGAAACAAUAGCUGAAGGGUUUCAGCCCUCUGGUGUGUUUAGGGCUGUUGGCCAUCUCUUGGGUGCAUUCAGACAAAUCUCAUUGGGUUGUUUUGUGUGGUUUUUUUUUUUUUUUUUUUUUUUUUUUUUUUUUUUUUUUUUUUUUUUUAAGAUAACACAAAUGUUAAAUGACGGUCUUCUGUUUACAAUAAAAAAAAAAAAAAAAAGCUUUUUCGAGAAAUUUCAUCCCCACCUACUUUUAUUUUUAUUUUUAUUCUUUAUUUUUAAGAAAACAGAAUAACUCUGUUACAAGCGCACCAACAUUUUGGCGAUGUGCCUUAUUAUCAAUGCUGAUCCUUAACAAUUAAUCAGAGCUGUAAAAACUGUGACAUAUAUGCACCCUCGAAUGUGAUGGACCUAAUGUUAAGAAUCAUAAUGAAUAUGUUAUAUAUUUUUAACUAACCCGUGGAAAACGAGUAACCUUUUAUAACAAAAUGAGCUUUUAUACAAACGUUUUUAUAAUGUUCAAACUACAGUUUAAAUGUCCUUCAGUAUAGUCUGCACUUAAGAGUUUAUUGAUCUGUUAAGUGUAUGUGAGUUUACUCCUAACGUGAUGUAAGUGACUGGAGAGCAAUAAAGCAAUUUAAUGUCUUCUAAA